CUUGCAUGCUUUUUCGUGUUUUGUCAACCGCCCAUUCGACUGUAUUAGCUCUGGUUUGUGUUGUGAUUACCCCAUUUGAGGAUGAACCACGAACCAACAACGCAGCGUUCCGCGAGGCUUUGGAGAUACCCACAAUUAAAUUCCUUGGAUAGGUUACGGGUUCUUUUCGGGAACCAGAUCAACUCUGUGGCUUCGUGUACAGUAGAUCUGGCCCAACUGGUGGCUGGCUGGCAAGAAGAGGUGCUGUUCAUGGCUUGCUGGAAUCUCGUUUCCGCGCCAACUAAGCGGAAUUGGGUGGGAAUGGUAUAAAGGCAGUCCUGACAAUUGCAUCACUUCAUCACUUUAUCGCUUCAUCACUUCAUCACUCUUUGUCAAUUUACCGAUUCGAUACAAUGCCAAAAGCAGAAUACAUCUUUCCCUCCGAUCCCCCGAAAUCAGAAGAUAAUUUGGGCGAACAUAACAUUUCUCGUGAUAUAUAUGUUGACUAUGAUGGAUUUGUGCCCGAGAGUUUUGCGUACUUGGAUGUUUCUCCUGCCUUGAAUGUCCUAGACAGUACAUUUAGCUGGACAAUCUACCGAAGCCGGCCAAGAGUGAAGGCAUUGGAACAUGGAGACAAAGUGCCUGGGGAGGUGAAACACCUUCAGCUCGGUGUUAUCUUAUACAGAGCAAGAAUACAUAAUAAUCCCACCGCCGACAACAAGCACCGUUUUGUACUCAUCGGCCCAGGGCCCGGUGUUUACAAAUCUCGCGAAAACAAGUUCAUGCGUGCUCGAGAUCUCGCAGAAAGGCUUCUGUGUCCGGAUCGAAAGCAGUGUAAAAAAGAUAUUCAGAAUUACAAUCAGGCGGCAGAUCAUCGGGAUGCCAGCCUGUUACCAUUCCGAGUUUGGGAUACCGAGGGUGUAAUAUUGGGCAACACGCCAUUCGACUCUCCAGAAAAUUUCUUUUCCGAGCUUUUAUUUUCCCGCGAGGAUCCAAACUCUGUGGAAUAUGCUGAGAAGAUAUUCAUUCGUUAUAUCGAAAUGGGGUCGGCAGCUUCUUUCCCCCCCAAAGAACCUUAUUCGGUAAUUUCUCGAUUUUUUGACGUCAAGGUCGAAGGGAUUGAUCUUUACUUCGUGCUCGGCGAGAAGCUGGAGAAGGAGGUGCUCGAGUCCAACCUCAAAAAAUUGCAAGAGAAGACCACCAAGCGUAGAUUCGUGCCUCGGAAUUGCUAUGUAAAGUCUCAGAAAGAGAUGGAGGAAGAGAAGAAAACUAAAAGUUUUGAAGUCAUCGGUACACAUCCCAUGUUGCACUACUAUACAUGGGUCACUAGGGACCAUUAUGCGAUACUGAAAGCUGCCAAGGCAAUUGAAGAACGCUAUGUGUACUCGGAUACCAGCUUUAAUCGCGUGGAGAAGAUUGGUAACUCGUACUUCUUGUCAUUUUUGACAGGCGGACCCGGGGGUAAUGAGGAGAUUGAACUACCUCUUGCAGAUAUCGGGGACACAACCAGGACAGAAAUUACCAAGCUCAAGCUCAAUGCCGCCCGUGGAAAACCCCGAAACCCGACCCAGGCGCGGGCAAUGCGCAUUGGAUCCAAUGCUGCCGCACAGCCGACUUUCAAACCAGAGAACGGCCCCAAGACGACUAUUACCGAUGUUGAAUGGCUCCAUCGUUCCGCAUUCUCAUACGGCGGGUUAGGUGCUGGUCUCAGGUUAGAGUCGUCGCAGGAUCUUAAGAACCUUUUUCUCGGCACAAAAGCGACAAACACGGCCAUGCUCAGAGUUGAACAGCUUAUCAAGCACUAUGUUAUACACAAGGACAAGACUGUAGUUGUGACUACGGAAACUGAGGACAAAAGCAAUCCGCUGCUGCACACAGCGAAUUGGCUAGCUCCAGUCCUAUUGUAUCGAUUCAAUAUACCCGAUGACCACUUGGGAGGUAAUUUUGAAUUGAAAUUCGAUGCCCGGGCCCGCCUCACCCCCUUGCGGUACGAUCUCGAGUUGGGUGAGCUCAUCGACAGAGACUAUUUCAAAUACGAUAAGGAACUGGAUUUAGAUCUGUACGAGGAGGAGGAAGAAGCCGAACCCUCUAACUCGGGUGACAAUGACUUCGCGUAA